AUGCCUUCACUAGGCUCAUCCGAGAUGUUCCACACUUUCUCUAUUCCUGCUGCAGUUCAGGGCUUGGCGCCACCGCGGCCGAUCUCUGAGCACUCUCUAGAGGAGCCAAAACUCGCUAGCAAAGGCGCCUCCAAAAGAAUCACCACUCCCCACGCCUGCGCCGAAUGCAAAAGACGCAAGAUCCGCUGUGAUGGCCGCCAGCCCUGUGGGCAAUGUCUUGGAUGCAGGUCUCCAAAGGCAUGCUACUAUGAUAAACAUCGUCAGAGGGUGAUCCCGUCUAGAAAAACUCUCGAUGCUCUCUCCCAAUCUCUGGAAGAAUGUCGUUCGAUCUUAAAACGAUUGUAUCCUACGCGAGAUGCGCAGUCGCUGCUGCCUCUUUCGAGGCAUCAGUUGAUUUCCGUGCUCGAUCUCUCGGGGUCCCAGGGUACGCUGUCCCAGUGGUCGUCACCGGACUCGAUGUCGGUCUCCAUUUCGAAUAGCUCGCCUAUCUCCCAGGAAUCUCAUUCACCGCUCGACAAUAAAUUUGAAGAUGACCGAAGUCUCGCGAACCUUGAACAAGUUCCCAGUCAAGACUGCGAGUGGGACGAGGAGAGAAGGAAUCGCGAUCCAAUCCCAGCGGAGGCAGACGAUGUCAAUGCGCUGUCUUUGUUAGUGGACCGGCAGUCUUCGUAUCUUGGUGCAACGUCUAUCAAAGCGGCGUUCUUGGUGAUGCUAAAGGUUGCACCGGCGUUGCGGUCUUUCCUAGGGGAUAAGUCACAGCCGAGUGCGAGCAACUACCCUACGCCGAGAUAUGGAGGUAGCGGGCGAUCGCUCCUAGCGAUUGCGUGGUCCUCCGACGGACAGACUCUGAUUGAUGCCUACUUCAAGCGAGUCCAGAUUUUCGUCCCUAUGCUUUAUGAGCCGUCUUUCAGAGCAGAUUACUUGAGCGGUAGACGGAACGACGCGCCUUGGUUAGCACUCCUGAAUAUGGUGUUCGCGAUGGGCAGCAUCGUUGCGAAUAAAUCCGACGAUCACAACCAUGUCACUUUCUUCAGCCGGGCCAAGGAGCAUCUGAGCAUCGACUCUUUCGCUAGCGGUCAUAUUGAGACUCUCCAGGCUUUGGCAUUGAUGGGGGGUCUUUAUCUUCACUAUAUUAACAGGCCGAAUAUGGCAAACGCCAUCACCGGAGCAGCUCUUCGGAUUGCGUGUGCCAUGGGUCUUCAUAAGGAGAGCGUGCCAGAGCAGGGACCCGUUGACGCUGAGACGAUUGAGCAGAGGAGGAGAACGUGGUGGAGUUUGUUCUGUCUCGAUACCUGGGCGUCCACAACUCUAGGCCGACCUUCGAUGGGCCGAUGGGGAGCAGGAAUCACCAUCCGCGCACCAGAAGGAACCCAUGAUCUGAAUAUAAUCGGCCAACACACCGGCAUCAUCCCCCUUAUCGAGAGUAUCAAAUUCUGCAAACUUGCCACGCAAAUCCAAGACCUACUCGCUCAAUCCCCACUCAUGCGCCCCUCAGACCGCGCUUCUCUCGACCGCCAGCUCGUCGACUGGCACGCCCAACUUCCCUGGCUCCUGCACUCCACCACAGAGCCCUGCCCCGAUGCCAUCUACACCGCCCGUAGCGUCAUGAAGUGGCGCUACCAAAAUCUCCGCAUAGUGCUCUUCAGACCCGUCCUGCUCAACCUCGCCAAUCGCUCUGCAUCCAGCUCCCAACAGCCCGCAACGCCGGACGAGCUCGACGCAAUCGCCACGUGCAGGUCGGUGGCUCAGCAGACCAUCUCCGAUAUUGCGCGCGAGUGGACGCCAAACCAGAUGCUGGGCUGGAACGGCGCGUGGUUCCUGUAUCAGGCGGCUAUGAUCCCGCUCCUGAUGAUGUUCUGGGAGAAGGGGGACGCGACUCUGGUCGCGGACUGCCGGGCGCAGAUUGAGAUUGUGCUGGAGGCGUUGGAGGGGCUGGGAGAGUGGAGCCUCGCGGGGAGGCGGAGUCGAGAGGUCGUGAGUAUGAUGUUGGAGGCGGGCAUAGGGGCCGGUAAUGGGCUCGGGACUCCGGGGGAAGGGUGCGCCGGAAGUGCUGCCGGUCAAGGGGAUGCGGGUCGUGGGCGUGGUGGUGGAAAUCCCACGUCUAUUCUGAACGGUGCGAGUGAAAUGCAUGGGCACAUGAUGGAUACAAACAGCGUGCACCACCAAGUGGAAAUGCUCAGCGAGGACGGCAUGGUCGGUACAGACCAAUUCGGCGUGUGGGAUCUGGACGGCAUGUUUUGGGGCAACUUGCCGGAGGGGAUUGAUAUGCCGCCCGAUUGGAUACCGUUUAUGGGUUACGAUUAG